GCUUCGACGGUCUCGACUAAGACCCGCCUUUGACGGGGCAAGCGAUUCAGGGAUUCAAAGCUUCACACCCACCCACCACCUUAUAAUCCAUUCUUCUACUCGAAUUCUUACGUCGCCAUUCGCUUCACCACACAGCUCUUUGUUUUUCUUUCAAGUUUCUGCCCUAAUGGGCCAGUCGUCUUCUACAACCGCGGAAGUUAACAUCCGAGAAUUCUCCAAGUCCAUGAGCGAUCGGUUUUUAUCGUCGCCGAUUAUUUCGAGGGAUGCGGUGGAGGUAGCCGGGGACUGGGACUUGUCAUCCAAUAUUCCCGAUGAGUGUUUGGCCUACGUUUUCGAUUUCCUCGGCGCUGGAGAUCGGAAGCGGUGUUCGGUUGUUUGUCGGCGGUGGUUCCGGGUUGAAGGACAGAACCGUCGCCGGCUGUCCCUUAAUGCUCAGAGUGGAAUCUUUUCGUUUCUGCCUUCGUUGUUUACUCGAUUCGACUCGGUCACGAAACUAGCUCUUCGUUGUGACCGCAAAUCUGUAAGCUUAAGCGAUGACGCUUUGAUUCUUAUCUCGCUACGCUGCAGAAACCUCACGCGCCUCAAGCUCCAUGGCUGCCGCCAGCUAACCGAUCUUGGUGUCGCCACGUUUGCGCAGAAUUGCAAGAGCUUGAAGAAGCUCUCCUGCGGCUCUUGCAGUUUUGGCGCAUCGGCCAUGAAUGCGGUCCUAGAGCACUGCACAGGUCUUGAGGAGCUUUCAGUAAAGAGGCUCCGUGGAUUAUUUGAUGGAGCCGAGUCGAUCGUGCCCGGUUCUUCCACAGCUUCCUCGCUGAAAUCGAUAUCCUUGAAGGACCUUGUGAAUGGGCAAUGCUUCGAAACGCUGGUAAUUGGAUCUAAAAAUCUGAAGUCAUUGAAGAUCAAUCGUUGCUUGGGCGACUGGGAUAAAGUCCUUGAAAAUAUAGCCUGUAAAAGCAGUUCUUUGACUGAGAUUCACCUGGAGAGGCUUCAAGUGAGUGAUAUUGGGCUUUCAGAAAUUGCAAAAUGCUCAAGUAUAGAAAUCUUGCAUAUUGUUAAAGCUCCAGAAUGCUCGAAUAUGGGGCUUGUUUGUGUGGCAGAGAAAUGCAAGCAAUUGAGGAAGCUUCACAUUGAUGGAUGGAGGACUCAUAGGAUAGGCGAUGAGGGUUUAAUUGCCAUAGCCAACCACUGUUCUGAUCUAGUAGAACUUGUGUUGAUUGGUGUUAAUGCCACUUAUUUGAGCUUGUCUGCCAUUGCUGCUAAUUGCCAGAAGCUUGAAAGAUUAGCACUUUGUGGUAGCAGCACAAUUGGUGAUGCAGAGAUUGGGUGCAUUGCUGCGAAAUGCAUGGCACUGAAGAGGCUUUGUAUUAAGGGAUGUGCCAUUUCGGAUAUUGGAGUCAAAGCCCUAGGCUCUGGCUGUCCUGAUUUGGUGAAGGUUAAGGUCAAGAAAUGCAGAGCAGUGAGUAGUGAAAUUGCUGAUUGGUUGCAGGAGUGUAGAGGGUCUGUGAUUGUUAAUUUUGAUGUUGUUCAAGAUGUAGCCUUGGAUACUACUGUUGGCGAUUAUGGAAUGCAGGAUGAUGUUGUGGAGUUGCCAACAAUGGCUGGCCAAGUAAUAGUUGAAGAUGCUUCUACUAGUAAUGGUCGAUUAGCCUUAUUUCGGACAAAACUCGGACUUUUUGCUAGUAGGAUGGUGGCAUGCACCUUCAGGAGGUGGAAACUUCAUUGGUAACUUAUGAACUGUAUCUUGUCAAAGUUUGAAGUCACCGCACUUACUUUGAUCCUGUUACACUUUUGUUUUGUGAUGAUUUGUUCCUUAAAUGGUUUUUCCUCCAUCUAUUGCUUGGGAAUUUAUUCUACUCCCGACACUUCUUAGCCUUUCAAAUGUAAUAUGAACAAAAUGUCCAACACCCCCUCAUUGUUUAACUUGGCAAUUUGUCAUAUGCCUGCCUUUGUGUUUCAGUAGUGACUUGACCAUUUGUCUUA